AUUUUUGUUUUUGUUUCUUCAAGAUGAUUCUUCAUGACAACAAACCUGCGGUGGUAUACUCUCUUUUAGUAUUAUUACUCGCCGUUAGCUUCUUCGUUCCCAUCUCCAGCGACGGUGACGCUGAUGCUCUUUUGAAGUUCAAGUCAUCUCUCGUGAACGCCACCGUCCUCACCGGAUGGGGGGACUCCGGUGAUCCUCCAUGCACCGGGAAAAAAGGGAGCAACUCGAAAUGGAAAGGAGUCAUGUGUUCUGCCGGCGUCGUUUACGCUCUCCGUCUAGAGAACAUGAGCCUUGCGGGGACGCUUGACGUGCAAGCGCUAGGCUCCAUGCGCGGUCUCAAGAGCGUUAGCUUCAUGCGCAACGGUUUAGAAGGUCCGAUACCGCGUGGACUCGUCGGGCUUGGAUCUCUUGUGCAUCUUUACUUGGCGCAUAAUCGGUUUUCAGGAGAGAUUGACGGUGGUUUUUUUGACGGAAUGAAGGAUCUGGUGAAGGUUCAUCUUGAAGGAAACAGGUUUUCCGGUGAGAUUCCUAAGUCGUUGGGGAAGUUGCCGAAGCUGACUGAGCUGAAUCUUGAGGAUAAUUUGUUCACCGGGAAGAUACCGCCGUUUAAUCAGAAGAAUCUUGUAACCGUUAACGUUGCUAACAAUCGGUUAGAGGGUCGUAUUCCGUUAACUCUCGGCCUCAUGAACAUCACCUUCUUCUUAGGUAACAAGGGGCUGUGUGGACCGCCGUUGCUUCCCUGUAGACACCCUCGUACGCCGUUGGUUGCAGUGUUCCUCCUUGCCCUCACCGUCCUCGCCGUCAUAGUCCUCAUUACCGUCUUCUGUUCCGUUUGCAUCCUCAGCCGUCGUCAACGCAAAACUCCCGACCACGACCGCGGCCACAUCCCUAGCCUCGGCCUCGGCACAGUCUACGGACCAAGCGAGCCACAGCAAAACAGCGAGAAGAGCUCGCAGGACUCCAAGGUGUACAGGAAGCUAGCCAGCGAAGCUGUGCAGCGAGACUCAACGGCAACGUCAUCAGUGUUAUCCGAGAGAGCCCUGCCUCGAGAGGAAGAUCAGCGGAAGCUGCAUUUCGUUCGGAAUGAUCAGGAGAAGUUCACGCUCCAGGAUAUGCUCCGUGCGUCCGCGGAGGUUCUCGGCAGCGGGGGGUUUGGAUCGUCGUACAAGGCGGCUCUUACGGGAAGCCGCGCGGUGGUUGUGAAGCGGUUUAGGUUUAUGAAUAAUAUCAGGAGAGAGGAGUUUUACGAUCAUAUGAAGAAGAUCGGACGGUUAUCGCACCCUAAUCUACUUCCGUUGAUAGCAUUCUACUACAGAAAAGAUGAGAAGCUUCUCGUCACCAAUUACAUUCCCAAUGGCAGCCUCGCCAAUCUCCUUCAUGCAAACCGAACACCCGGUCAGGUGGUUUUAGAUUGGCCAAUCCGGUUAAAGAUUGCAAGAGGAGUCACAAGAGGCUUAGCUUAUCUCUACAGAACAUUCCCCGAUCUGAACCUCCCUCACGGCCAUCUCAAAUCAUCCAACGUGUUGCUCGACCACGACCUCGAGCCGCUACUAACGGACUACGCCCUCGUGCCAGUGGUCAACAAGGAGCAAUCUCACCAGUUCAUGGUGGCGUACAAGUCACCAGAGUUCACUCAGCAAGACCGAACAUCAAGAAAGUCCGACGUCUGGAGCCUAGGAAUCUUGAUCCUCGAGAUACUAACGGGGAAGUUUCCAGCUAACUACCUCCGGCAAGGGAAAGGAGCUGAUGACGAGCUAGCUGCUUGGGUCGAGUCAGUAGCGAGAACUGAGUGGAACGCUGACGUGUUUGAUAAGGAGAUGAGAGCAGGGAAAGAACAGGAAGGUCAGAUGCUGAAGCUGCUCAAGAUUGGGUUGAGGUGUUGUGACUGGGACGUGGAGAGGAGAAUGGAGCUUCACGAGGCUGUUGAUCGGAUAGAAGAAGUUGAUCACAGAGAGGCAGGUGGAAGUCAAGAGAGUUUUCGAUCUUCGUACGUGACUGCUAGUGAUGGUGAAAAUCGUUUUUCAAGAGCCAUGACUGGAGAGUUCUCGCUCGUGUAAUAGCUUCCCUGUCUCUCUAACUCUCGUCUCAUUGAUGUUUGGUGUGUCUAUGUUUGUAGGUAAAAGACUGAUCACUUUUUAUUUGCAUUCUAUUAUUUUUUUCUUAGUUAUGGUUGAUGAGUAAGCUUUUGUUUCUUUUUGUGAAUACGCGUGCCACUUUGUUUGUUAUCAUCUAGACGCAAAAAGAAUUUGUCUAUUAC